CAAACAAAAUAGAAUAUACAAAUAUUAAACGAAAAUUACGAAAAUGUUGGUAGAUAUAUUUAAAUGAUAUAAAGACAUAGCUCAAAAGCUCAGAUCGGAAGAAAAAGCUUUUUUUUCAAAAAAAAAAACAGUUAGAAAGAAAGAUGGAGAGAAGCACGCCAAUGAGAAACCCUCACACCUCCACCGCCGAUCUGCUUUCAUGGUCGGAAACGCCUCCCCCUGAUCACUCAUCCUCUUCCGCCGCUCGUUCUCACCAGCCGUCAGAUGGAAUCAGCAAGGUUCUUGGCGGCGGUCAGAUCACAGACGAGGAAGCUCAGUCCCUUAAUAAGCUGAAGAACUGCUCAGGUUACAAAUUAAAAGAGAUGACUGGUAGUGGCAUCUUUACUAAUGAGCCCAAAGGCGUCUCUGAAUCCGAUUCUACCACAGGACUUCGUUACUAUCAACAAACUCUGAACGGAGUGAGUCAGAUAUCUUUCAGCGCCGACGGUAAUGUCUCCCCCAAGAAACCAACCACUUUAACCGAAGUCGCAAAGCAGAGAGAGCUGAGCGGAAACUUGCUAACCGAAGCAGACCUAAAGAGCAAGAAGCAGAUAUCAAGUGCUAAGAUCGAAGAGAUAAGCGGUCACAACAUCUUCGGUCCUCCAACUGAGAUUCAGCCUCCUCGGUCCUUGGCUGCUGCUCAGCAAGAAGCUAGAAGAGGUAACAGAGACAUGGGAGAGCCUGCUCCAAGGAACCUUCGCACCUCUGUUAAAGUUUCCAAUCCUGCAGGAGGACAGAGCAACAUACUGUUUAGUGAAGAGCCUGAAGUGAAGACGUCGAAGAAGAUACAUGACCAGAAGUUUCAGGAGCUCACGGGGAAUGGUAUUUUCAAAGGAGAUGAGUCGCCUGGAACUGGGGACAAGCAGCUAAGCUCAGCUAAGCUCAGGGAGAUGAGCGGGAACAAUAUAUUUGCAGAUGGGAAGUCAGAGUCCCGAGACUACUUUGGAGGUGUGAGGAAGCCACCAGGCGGUGAGAGCAGCAUCUCUUUGGUCUAAAAAACUCUGUGGCGGUUUGGUAAUAAAAUCAAAGCUUCUCAACGUUUAAUGUUCUUUUAGAACCUACUAGUUUCUUAGAUGGCCGAAAACGCUUUGAGCUUAAUCUUUGUAUGGAUUUGUUGUCUUUGGCUUUAACCGUUUGGAGUUUGUUAACGUAUUCUCUAUAUAACCUGAUCUUUAAUAGACGCUUGUUUCUGCUU